AUGGUUCAGGUUAAAUGCAUGGAUCCUCGCACCAGCGAGAAUUACAACUUCAUGUAUUGCCCCUCCUUUCCUGCGGCCGUUUUCUUCACCUCUCUAUUUGGCCUCAGCCUCAUUGCCCAUGUGAUCCAAGCCAUGCACUAUCGCAAGGCAUUCUGUUGGGUUCUCAUCAUGGGGGCAAGCUGGGAAACAGCGGGCUUUGCCCUACGUGUCAUGUCUGUUUUGAACACCACUUCAAUCGGCUUCGGCAUUCCGUCCCAGCUCCUUAUCCUCCUCGCGCCGCUAUGGAUAAACGCAUUCUUAUACGUGGUGAUGGCCCGCCUCAUUCACUUUUUCAUCCCGGAGAAACGAGUUGCUCGUAUUCGCGCACAGCGGCUCUCUCUCAUCUUUGUACUGCUCGAUAUAACUGCUUUCUUGGUUCAAGUCGUCGGCGGGUUGAUGAUCAACCCCCAGAACUCUCUCAAGAUGAUGCAACUGGGUAUUCACAUCUACAUGGGAGGGAUCGGCAUCCAGCAAUUCUUUGUUAUUUUGUUCACGGGCCUUGUCAUUCGUUAUCAUGUCCGCAUGAAGCAAGUAGACGUUGGCAACACCUUGGGCUGGAAACGAUCCCUCUAUACCAUGUAUAGUUGCAUCGUGCUCAUCACGAUUCGUAUUGUCUUCCGCCUCAUCGAGUUCUCCGCUGGCCUUUUUUCACCCCUCACCAUGCACGAAGCGCCAUUCUACGCCACAGAAGCACUGCCGAUGUUUCUGGCGCUCCUCGUUUGGAACAUAUCUCAUCCAGGCGUAAUCCUCCAAGGUCCAGACAGUGAACUGCCAAAAAAGCAAAAGAAAAGCAAAAAGGAUAAGAAAGCCUCGGUUUCAGAUGAAGAAAAGAGUCUGGACCACCAACAAAUGCUGCCUCUGUCAAGUCGCGCACCCAGCCCACCAUACUAA